AUGGCGACAGGUGCAGUAGUACGUCAGUCUGGAUACGAGGCGUUUUUUCCGGGCAGGAAAAGGGCCCACCGAUCAAAAGUGGCCGCCGGGAUUCAUAUCAAGAAAAAGGUGGUGCGGUUGCCCGAUGACGACUACGACGAUGAUGUUCAGAGUCUUAAGAAGAGAAGAUCAGUCGAGAAAUCAUCAAUUUCCGGUUACGCAAGCAUAGACGAGUACGAGUGUCUCGACAGAAUCAGCCAGGGCACGUACGGCGUCGUCUACAGAGCACGUCACAAGAUGACCGGCGAAAUAGUUGCCGUCAAGAAGGAAUUGGGCGGGCUAUGCGAGUCAACGCUGACCGAAUUAAAUAUCCUGAAGUCUAUUCGCCACCCGUCGAUCGUGGAGUACAAGCACGUGGCCGUGGACGAUUGCGACGGGAUUUAUAUCGUGAUGGAGUACGCUGAGUACGAUCUUUACGAUUACCUGAAGAGGCCCUCCUUCACUCUGCCUCAAGUGAAGCGCCUUAUGAAGGAGCUACUUGAAGGAGUCAAUCACCUUCAUCAGAAUCGGGUGAUGCACAGGGACCUCAAGCCCUCCAACGUCCUUAUUGACGACAAGGGCAAGCUCAAGAUAUGCGAUUUUGGGGUGUCCCGUCAGUUUCCGAGCGCGCUGGAUCCUCUCUGCACCCCUUACGUGGGGACCCUUUGGUACAAGGCUCCUGAACUCUUGCUCGGGGACCACACCUAUUUGCCAGCUGUUGAUAUGUGGUCGGUCGGGUGCAUUAUGGCGGAGUUCUUCUUGAGGCAAGUGCUUUUCAAAGGGGACUCGGAAAUCCAGCAGCUUGGGAUUAUCAAGACCAAUCUCGAGCAGCCUCAUGGUUUGUUGCGCGAGAAGUUUGGUGCUGCCACUGUUUCGGAAGGUGGGCUGUUGCUUUCGGAGAGUGGGUUUGAGCUGCUCUCGCGGCUUUUGUGUUACAGUCCAAAGGAGAGGAUAUCGGCUCAAGACGCGCUCGAUCACGAGUGGUUUUGCGAGUCGUAA